AUGCUAACAUGGAUGCUUUCGUUACUUUUAGACAAUCACUAUGCUCUCAUAAAGGCUCAAGAAGAACUAGACACGCAAGUGGGAAAAGAUAGACAAGUAAAUGAGUCAGAUAUAAAAAAUUUGGUCUACCUCCAAGCUGUAUUAAAAGAAACUUUUCGGUUAUACCCAGCCACAUUCUUAAAUCCACCUCGAGCCUUUACGAAAGAUUGCUCUAUAGCGGGCUACCAUGUCCCAAAAGGCACCUGGCUACUGAUCAACACUUGGAAGCUCCAGCGUGAUCCAAAUAUAUGGUCGGACCCAAGCAACUUUAUACCAGAGAGGUUUCUAUCUCCAAACCAUAUGAAAAUUGAUGUAAAGGGGACGGAUUUUGAGCUGAUCCCUUUUGGAGCUGGAAGAAGGCGUUGUCCGGGAAUUAAUUUGGCCGGUCAAACUUUACAUAUGGUUUUAGCCACUUUGCUGCAGAACUUUGAUCUGUCGUCUCCAAAUGAUGCACCAAUUGAUAUGAGUGCGAGUGCUGGAUUGACAAACGGCAAGGCAACUCCGCUUGAAGUCCUCGUUUCACCACGUUUGCGUGCAAGAAUAGAUGUAUGA